CUGUGUUUGUCACCAACUUCCUCCUGAGAGACACAGUGUCUCCAUCAGAGCUGCGUUCGCUCGCCCUGAACUCUCAGCAGCUUCACUCCAUCCUGUGACCUGAAGGAAGCCAAGAGAAAUGAACAGAUACAGAUAGAGGACAAGGGUUAGUUAGGUAAAUACCAAGAAGAAGUGAUAGAUGGUGGUGGAGGGGAGAGCGGGAGAGAGCGAGCGAGCAGGCAAGAGGCAACGUGUUGGGUGGUAGGAGAAAAAAAACGAGAAGACUGAAAGGAAGGAGGAAGUGAGGGAGACAGAAUGAGAGAGGCUAUGAUGAGGGACUAAAAUAUGUACACAUAAGUGUACAAGGUGUAGAAGUGUGUGUUUGUGUGUGUGUGUGUGUGUGUGUGUGUGUGUGGUUAGAUAGAGAGUGACAUUUUCCUGAGUUAUAAACAUGUCUCUGAAGCUGCCUCGCAACUGGGACUUGACCACUCUCCGAGGUGAAGCUACCAAAAUAGCGAGGUCUAAAAGUGUGAUACCGGCAGACGGAGGAGUUGGUUCAGGCCGCCUCGACGGCAAGAGAUUGAUGGAGAAACCUCUGAAGAAAGGCUGGCUGAAGAAGCAGAGGUCCAUCGUGAAGAACUGGAAACCAUGCUACUUUGUGCUCAGAGGGAGCGUCCUGACGUACCAUAAGGAUGACCGAGAGAGCGCCGUACAGGGAACAAUCCCGCUGUGGGCCAGUCAAGUGAACGAGCUGCCAUCAAGCACAGAUGACAAAUUCAUCUUUGAGAUCAUCCCACGAAGUAAUGGGGACCGGGAGCGUGAUGGCUAUGUUCUCAUGGCAAGCAGUCAGAGUGAGAUGGACGAGUGGGUGCGACUGAUCCGCCGGGCCAUAGGAGCUCAGAGCAGUGGAGUGUUCGGGAAAAAUCUGGUAGACAUCAUGGCCUACGAGAAGAAGCGCGGGCCUCGCUCUGUGCCCAUGCUCGUGGAGAAGUGUGCUGACUUCAUCAGGGAGCACGGGCUGGAUGAGGAAGGCAUCUUCCGUCUGCCAGGGCAGGAGAACCAGGUCAAACACUUCCGAGAGGCUUUUGAUGCUGGAGAGAGACCUUCAUUUCCUGAUGACACAGAUGUCCACACGGUGGCGUCCUUACUCAAGCUGUACCUGCGUGAGCUGCCUGAGCCGGUCGUGCCCUGGACUCAGUAUCAGGACUUUCUGGACAGCAGCGUGACGCUGGACGCCACGACAGCAGCGGGGAAGGAGAAGCUGGAGAAACAGAUCAGCCUGCUUCCGAAAGCCAACUACAACCUCCUGAGCUACACAUGCAGGUUCCUGUUUGAGGUGCAGCAGCACUCCAAGGUGAAUAAGAUGAGCGUGGAGAACCUGGCCACGGUGAUGGGGGUGAACCUGUUCAAACCACAGGUGGAGGACGCGUUCAGCAUGAUGAAGGGAACCCCGAUGAUCCAGAAGGUGAUGACGGUGAUGAUCAGGCACCACGAGCUGCUCUUCCCCGCCUUGAAAGACGCUGCUCCAUCUCCUGCUCCUGUCAAGAAGCUGAAGAGCAAAAAAGCAGCAAAUCCACGCAAUCUGGUGGGCUGGGAGUCUGCAGAGUGCGAGAUGUCGUCCUUGUCCGAGUCCCCAGAAGAAGAGGAAUUGGACACAUUUGAGACAGAGAGGUCAGCAUCCAAAGUCGCUCCUUCAUCCUCAUCCUCCUCGUCCCCAGUAUCCCCACCUCCAGCAGAUGUACUGAGCGGGAGCCCGAGGAAACGUACGCAAACUCUGCCCAGCUUAGGUGGCCCCCCUGGGUUUAGAACAUCCCGAGAACCAUCCUGGGACCGCUGGAGCUAUCUGCAGGAGGCCUUGGACGAGAAGGACGAGAAGACGUUCUCUGAGGACAUCUUCAAGAUCCUGGACCUUCAGAAGGUGACACUCUUUCCGGAAAAACAGAACACCAAUGUUAGAGAUGAAGGAAGAGAUGCCACGCAGGAAAGGAGGAGUAGCAAUGGUGCGGUUAAACCCACAGAACCUCCGCAAGUGAAAGUGGAACCUCAGGCCAAGCCAAAAGAGAACCCGAAGCAGAGUUUGCUGUCUUUGAGCAGAGAGGAGUCAGUGAAACAGCAGCCACAGGGUGUGAUCCAGAAACAGUUGGACAGCACACCUGACCAACAGCAGCUUAUUACCAGUCUCCAGCAGAGGAAUAAGGAGCUGAGUGCGACCGUGGCUGAGCUCCAGUCAGCGCUGGAGGCUGAGCGACGCCGUAAAGCAGCUCUGGAAAUUUUGUUACGUAAUGCAGAGUGCAGCAGGGAUGAAGCUCUGAGACGCAACAAACAGCUGGACCAAGAGAUCCAGAUGUUCAUCAGUAAAUCCAAACCAGUGUGAACAUGCACUCGGACAGCCGACCAGGCUCGGGACUCUUACAUCAGGACAGAUCGAAUAUGACUGAUCCAUUAUGGGUUUACGAACCAUCUGGCUAUUUAUUUCCAGAGGAUAUUUUAAAUGACUUAUAUUUAAACUUAGAUUCUGGACAAUAAUAUAUGAAAUUAUAGUAUUUUUUCCAUUAGGUAAUAAAUAUUACAUCCUCACAGCAAGGUCACGUUUUAUCUUGAACAUCAGUGGACAAGAAUUAUCGGCUGGUACCGAUAUGUGCCCAGGGAACAAAGUUCACAAUGUUCCCAAAGCUUUUAAACUGAUUUAUGAAUUAUUUUCUCAAAAGUUUGUUUUGAAAAACUAAAAAUUCCGUUUGCCAACAGAGAAUGGCACAAAAGAGUAGAAAAAUGACGAUUCCCGUUGUAACAAGACUGCUGGUGAUGAGAGACAAUGUUAACGGACUGUGUUAUGUUUUUAGUUUGCUUUUUAAGCCAGGUCUUCCUGGAAAAAAAACACACAAGUUCUCUAGAGUGUCUGUUGAUUUUGACAGAAUCAAACAGAGAACUAUAAUUGUUUUUGGAUGUACUGCGACCACAGUCUUUGUUCUUGAACCUCAAAAUAAAUUUCUAACAAAAUUCAGUUCACUACGUCAA